UUUUCUUAUUUUUAUAAUUGACCUUCUCCGCUGUGUUGUGUUUUAAAAGUCAGCUUUUUAGGCUUCAGGGAGAGCAAGCUAGCUAGCUAACCACUAGCUGGCUAGCCAUAGCAUUUGGGGGGGAGUGGGUGCCAUAGCAACCGUUUAGGAAACAUUGACUGUGGUGGCUAGCUAGCUAGCUAAGAUACUUCAGGCUACCGUUGGUUUGUUGUGCUAGCGAUAAACAAGACGUCGUAGAGACUUCAUUGUCCAAUUUAGCGUCAGCCAGCCAGUUAAUGUCACAAGUCAGCAUUAUCUAGCUACUUCGCGUCAUCGCUGUAACUUUGCGCCAUGCCUUUUAGUAAGCUGUGGAGGAUGGCAGACUGUUGUAACCCUAGACAUUAUGUUGAGUUUAGCUAACUUGGCUAACGGUGAUUUCCAUGGCAUGCAGUAAGCUAACGUUAGCCACCAAGGCCGACCCGUUAACUUAGGCUACCUGAACCGUUAUGUAAACUUCAAAGUAAACGCUCUCUCUUUCUCGAUUACAAUCUGGAUGUCAGAAUGAUGUGUCUCAGAUGAGUCUAACGUCAGAUUAGCUUAACAUUAGCUAAAUUACCUUAUUAAUGUUGUCAUGGGUCACCCUAAGCUAAUUGUAACUGAGUCAAUCAGCUGAUCUGUGGCUGCUAAGGUUAGUGUUGGCGCUAACUUAGCAUGCUUGUUAACUAUUUUCUGGUAUGAUUAAUUAACCUACAUCAGCUAAUCUUCAGCACAUGUGUUGUUAGCUUUAGGAGCUAAUGUUACAGUUAAAUAUCGAUGCAGUUCAGAAUGUGUGGCUUUACUUAGCUAACGUUACAUUGCACCGACAAGUUGACUAUAGUUAGCUGACAUCCACGCUAGCCUUCAGUGUUUUAUUUUUGGGUCAUUAAAAGUGUGUGAUAUAACAUGUUCGUAUUCUUAUCCCGAACCUCUCUGAAUUAGGUCUUAAGCGAUAACGUUACCCAUUUAACUUGACGUGCAUCAGGGGUUUUCAUUUCAUGUGAUGUCAAAUUGGACCCACCUGUACCUGUAACUACUGUAUGUGAUGUUUUGUUAUGUUUGAAUGAAUUGGGGCCUUAGUGAAUGUGUUAAAGAGAUAAUUCAGUUUCUGACACAACUGUCAUUUUAGUAUUCAGCCUGAACUAGUAUGGAUGUUGAUGACUGCAAUGGCCGGUCUUGCAUAUCAGCUAGUGGAGACUCUUCGAUGGAAAGAGAGUUUUCUGGGGCCCUUGGAGGUCCAACAGUGAGCACCCCUAACAGCAAGGAGACCUCCCCUAGUCGCUCCCUCAGUGGUCACCAACUCCAUUAAAGUGGAGCUGUACAGUGAUGAAGACCCAGGUCGCAGUACUGAAGAUGAAAGAGUGGAGCGGGUAGACGAAGGAUGUCUAGAGCAGGGAUCUGAAGCUGUCGGAGGCUACAGGGAGCUCACCAAUCCUGAAACCAUGCAAGCUGGAGCCACCAGACUGCCUAAUGGAAAGCUCAAGUGUGACAUCUGUGGAAUGAUCUGCAUUGGGCCUAAUGUUCUCAUGGUGCACAAACGCAGCCAUACAGGUGAGCGACCAUUCCAGUGUAAUCAGUGUGGCGCCUCCUUUACUCAAAAGGGUAACCUGCUCCGCCACAUCAAGCUGCACUCAGGGGAGAAGCCCUUUAAAUGUCCGUUCUGCAGCUAUGCCUGUCGAAGACGAGAUGCGCUCACUGGCCACCUUCGCACUCAUGCAGUCUCCUCUCCAACUGUAGGAAAGCCGUAUAAGUGCAGUUAUUGUGGCCGUAGUUACAAGCAGCAGAGCACCCUGGAGGAGCACCGUGAGCGCUGCCACAGCUACUUACAGAGUCUGGAGUCACAGCAGCCAUCCAGUGCACAGAAUCCAGGAGAGGAGAUGAGAGAGCUAGAGUUUAUACCAGACUCUCUACUGCAACCCUCCUCAGACAAGAUGGCAUUUAUUGAUCGGCUCACCAACAGCAUCACCAAACGCAAGAGAUCCACACCACAAAAAUUUGUAGGACAGAAGAACAUACGCCUUAACCUUGCAGAUGCACCUUAUGAGUUCACCGCUGGUUUGGAUAAAGAUGGAGAGAUGAACGCAGGGGACCUUGAAACCCCGCACUUUACUGGUCUGGGAGGAGAAUACGCAGGUGUAGCAGGUAAUGGAGGAGGAGGGGUGUCAGACACACUGAGGCCUCUACGCCUUCCCACCACUCACCCUUCAUGUUUAUCAGAACUCAGGCUGAUCCACAGCUCCAUUCACACCUCUGUCGCUCUAGGCCCGAGGCUGGAUUGUACAGGGACUGGAGCUGGGCUGGGAGCUGCGGCUGUAGGGGGGAGGGAGGCAGCAGAGGGCCACGAAGACCUGCCUGCUGGUCGCAGUCACGCACCCUCACCUAACAAUGGUUGCCAGGACUCUACAGACACAGAGAGCAUGCCAGAUGAGCCUUGCAACAGUACCGCUCCGACUCCAACCCUGCACAGUAACAACGGCCAUCAUCUUCAACACUCCAACAACCACCACCCAGCGCCUCAUCCCGUUGCACCCCACAGGAGUCGGGACAGACGUAGUCCCAGCCACGCCAAAGACAGGGAGGUGGAAAGAGAGGAUGGAGGCCACUCAGCCCUUCCAGCUCCUGUCCUCGCGCCAACUCCAAGCUCACCCACAGCGCCCUCCUCCACCUCCAGGGAGGCGUUUCGGGUUGUAGACGGGGAAGGGCGAGCUGUGCGCUCUUUCCGUUGCGAGCACUGCCGUGUGCUUUUCCUGGACCAUGUCAUGUUUACCAUCCACAUGGGCUGCCACGGUUUUCGCCAGCCUUUUGAGUGUAACAUCUGUGGCCACCGCAGUCAGGACCGCUAUGAAUUUUCUUCACACAUCGUCCGCGGGGAGCACAUCCUUGACUGAGGACAAAGGGUGGUCAACCUGCUUCACCUAGAGCUAUUUUUACACUGAGACAAGGACCUGGCUGGGUUUGGUCUGCACACAAAUAUAUAUAUAUAUAUAUAUAUAUAUAUAUAUAUAUAUAAACAUAAACAUAAACGGGCACUGGUACAUUUAGCAUGUACCAGCAUUAAUGGCAAGCUCAUAUGUGUGUUUUCUAAAAUUAGUAUAGUGGUCCUUAUUUUUAAUGCACUUUGAACAAGUAAUCAAUUUUAAAAUGCACUUUUAAUUCAGUGUAUUCUAGAUUAAGAUUAAGAGCUAAUGCACUUUUUCAUCCGCAGACGUGCCUUGCUCCAAAAUUCAGGAUUCAAACCUGAUGCACAAAUUACAGUAGACAAAUCUGACUUUUGUGCAUAACCUGAAAACUGUCCCUUCUUGUGCACUUUAACAGAGAUAACAUAGUUUUUUUCCAACUUGGGGUUGAUUCUGUAAUAGAUUGCUUUAUUAUGAGAAGUGCAGACCAAACUCAAAAACCAGGUCCAAGUCGAAUAGAUGUGUUUGAGGGGUUGUCCUUGAAUUAGAAAUGCACUUUUGUUUUUAACGUGUGUGUGUGUGUGUGUG